AUGUCCUACCCCAAACCCCCUACCGGAAUCAACGUAAUCAUCGUCGGCGCCGGUUUCGCCGGCCUCACCACCGCCAUAGAAUGCCACCGCCACGGCCACCACGUCACCAUCUACGAAUCCUUCCCCACCCUCAAAGUCCUCGGGGAUAUAAUCUCCUUCGGCGCCAACGGCGGACGCAUCUUCGCCCGCUGGUCCGACGGGGCCAUCGCCCGUCGCCUGCGCGAGUUGAGCAUCGACUUAUCGCAGUACGGAUUCAGAAUCCAUAAAUACGAUACCGGGGAGGUGGUCUACCAUCAACCCACCCCGCCGCAGAACCCAGAGGCGCCGGUAUUUAAUGGACACAGGGGGGAGCUGCAUCAGGUGGUUUUUGAGUAUGCUAGGGAUGAGUUGGGGAUUGAGGUGAAUUUGGGGAGGAGGGUUGAGGGGUAUUUUGAGGAUGAGGAAAAGGCGGGGAUUGUGUUGGGUGAUGGGGAGAGGGUGACCGCGGAUAUCGUAAUUGGCGCUGAUGGCGUCCGCUCUAAAGCCCGCCAGUUGGUCCUCGGGUUCGAGGAUAAGCCCAAGAGCAGCGGGUAUGCCGUUUGGCGAGCUUGGUUCCCAAACACCGACAUGAUCCUUGACCCCCGAACCUCCGAAUUCUGCUCAAACGGCGACACCUUCAACGGCUGGAUCGGUCCCGACGUGCACUUCCUCUUCAGCACCAUCAAGAACGGUUCCGACUGCUGCUGGGUGCUCACCCACCGGGAUGAGCACGACAUUGACGAGUCAUGGUCCUUCCCCGGCAAACUCGAAGACGUGUACAAAGUCCUGGAGGGGUGGGAUCCCAUUUGCAAGGCCAUUGUGGAAAAGACCCCCUCCAAGCAUGCGAGGAUUUUGCUGGUGGGAGAUUCAGCGCAUCCGUUUUUGCCGACUAGUGCCCAGGGCGCGACGCAGGCUAUGGAGGAUGGGGUUACCAUUGCUGUUUGUUUGAGGAGGGCGGGGAAGGAGGGGGUGCAGGCUGCUGUGAGGACUCAUCAGGAGAUCAGAUACGAUCGGGUGAGAGUUGUGCAAAGGACUGGGGAGACAACAAGGGAUAGAUGGCACAAGACUGAUUGGGAAAAGGUCGCCAAAGACCCAAAGAGCAUUGCCUUUCCUCGCGAGGACUGGAUCCAUCAGCAUGAUGCUGAGAAGCAUGCCGAAGAGGUAUUUGAUGAGAUCUUCAAGCGGUUUACUGGCCCGGAGAAGGAGCAAACCGAGCCAUUGGUUCCCAAAGAGGAGUCGGUGGCAGUUGCGUGA